UUGUUUAAAAUAUACAGACUUCGUUUACAAGAAAAUACAACUAAAUGAGUGUUAUUUUACUUGCUAUUCCAACUUUGUUCAUUGGUUUUAUCAGUUACUACCUCUGGAUAUGGACAUAUUGGAGACGGCGUGGUAUCCCUGGACCUCUAGGUUAUCCAUUAGUUGGAAGUUUUCCAAAAACUCUCAAAUCAGAAUAUCCUCAAUACUUACAAAUCAGAGAUUGGACAAAACUUUAUGGUCCAAUAUAUGGAUACACUGAAGGAACCAUUAAAACUCUAAUUGUUUCUGAUAUCGACAUUGUUCGUCAAAUUUUUGUUGAGCAGUAUGACAACUUCUAUGGUAGAAAACUGAAUCCAAUUCAAGGUGAUCCGGAAAAAGACGAGAGAACUAACUUGUUCUCGGCUCAAGGAUUUAGAUGGAAAAGGCUCAGAGCUAUAUCUAGUCCUACUUUUUCGAAUAACAGUUUGAGAAAAAUCAAUGUAACUGUGGAAGACAGUGCGAUGGAAUUAUUGAGACAUAUUGAAGAACAAACUUCGGAGGGACAACAAAUUGAUAUGUUACAAUUCUACCAAGAGUUCACAAUGGAUACUAUAGGACGAAUUGCAAUGGGUCAGACCGACUCGCAAAUGUUCAAAAAUCCACUUUUGAAGUUUGUCAGAGCGAUAUUCGGAGAUAAUCGAAAGCAUAUUCCCCUCAUCGGUGGAGUUUUUCCUACUCUUGCUCAAGUUUUUCGAUUUUUUAUGUUGAAAUUUCCAUUGUUGGGAGCAGCCAAUUUCAUUCACGUCAACAAAACUGUUGUGACAGCCGUUCAAAAUCGUAUAGAUCAGAGGGAGAAUGAUAGAAAAAAUGGAAUUGAAAUCGGAGAGCCACAGGAUUUUAUCGAUUUAUUUUUGGAAGCAAGAGCAGAUGAUGUGGAGCAUUUUCAAGAGAAUAAUGGGGAUUUUUCAAAGACUAGUAGCUAUGGAAACCGUCAACUAACAACUCAAGAAAUAGUCGGUCAGUGUCUCGUUUUUUUGAUUGCUGGCUUCGAUACAACUGCUCUAUCCUUAUCCUAUACUACAUUUCUCCUAGCAACACAUCCAGAAGUUCAAAAGAAAUUACAAGAAGAAAUAGAACGAGAAUGCAUAGAACCAUCAAUUUCAUUUGAUCAUCUCUCAAAACUAAAAUACAUGGAUUGUAUUAUCAAAGAGACUUUACGUUUGUACCCUUUGGGAACAAUGGCGAACUCUCGGAGAUGCAUGAGAGCCACUAAAUUGGGAAAUGUAGAAGUUGAAGUUGGAACAAUGGUUCAAGUAGAUACUUGGAGUCUUCAUACUGAUACAAAGAUUUGGGGAGAUGAUGCGAAGGAGUUCAAGCCAGAAAGAUGGCUUGACCCCAACUGUGACCAAGUUUUCCAAAAAGGAGGAUAUAUUUCAUUCGGAUUAGGACCUCGUCAGUGCGUUGGAAUGCGAUUGGCUUAUAUGGAGGAAAAGAUGCUCUUGGCUCAUAUUCUUAGAAAAUAUACAUUUGAAGUUGGCACCAAGACAGAAAUCCCAUUGAAAUUAGUUGGAAGAGCCACGACUCAACCGGAAACUGUUUGGAUGCAUUUGAAGCAAAGGAUAUGAACUCAAUAAUUUUCGACCCUCUUUGUUUGUAUUUUAGUCAUCGAAAAAGCUUUCAAAUAAAACUUUCUUGCUUUUU